CUCACGGAAACACGGAGCACUUGACGCGUGCAAAAGGUGCCAGCCGGCAGUUAAAAUGGCGCUGUCCCUGUGGUCACUUUCAUUGAUUUUGUUUUUUUCUCCAGUGAUUAGAGGACUGCAGUGGGAGUCAUUGGCAAACAAUGCUUCCGUGUCCCCACCCAGCAGACGGGACCACGCCCUUGGGUUGGUUAUGUCGGGCAACACGAGUUAUCUGAUCUUGUUUGGGGGACGGUCAUACUCGAAUGAACCCCUGCAUGAUACUUGGGUGUUUGAGAGCCUAGGAAGUUUUAAUGGGUCGUGGCGUAACGUCACAAAGAGCAUACACCCCACCGCUAGGUUUGCUAUGGUUUAUGGAUCAAGCAAUGACUUCUUUUAUAUUGCCACUGGAGAAGGUGGAAACAGGGAUUAUUACAAUGACAUCUGGAAAUUUGAUAUUAGAACUGAAGAAUGGAAGGAGUUGGGCAAGACCAAUAGGUUACAACAACUGAAAGACUCAUAUUAUCCCAAGCCUCGAUCUGGGGCAUCAGGAGGGGUAUACCCCGGGAGUUCAAAGUUCUUUGUCCAUCAGGGAAUUUCGGAUACGAGUCACUUUGACACGGUCAUAUUUGACAUUGACACAGAAGAGUGGAGUGUUGUUGACUGUAAAGAUGACCAGUGUAACGCCUACACUCCGUACUACCCCCACGCCCGAUGUCACCAUGCAGGGACCUUGACGAGCCCCAACAGUCUGCUCAUCUUUGGUGGAUGUCUCUCGUACGUGGAUACAGGCGGAGAGUGUCCGUCCGGGGACACGUGGGUAUUUGAUGCUCAGAGUCUAAUUUGGGCGGAAGUGAACACCUGUCCCGUUCCCAGGAUUUAUGGCGGUAUGGCCCUGUUGCCUCCAGGGAACGGUCUGAGACGAGUGGUGUUGUAUGGAGGAAUAGAAGACACGCCACAGGUCAUUCAGACGACAAGGUCACCAGCGGACAUGGUGGGACUGUUUGACCCGGACAACAAGGUUUGGUCGCUGCAUAUGACAACGGCCAAACAAUCCUUUCCUUCACUAAGGGCAUCAGUUGCCAUGGUAACAGGUCCAGAUGGAAUCUUUAUGUUUGGAGGAUACGAUAUCAACAGUGGAUCGUUGCUAGGCGACCUAUGGCUGCUUCGAGGUGAUUCGUGGACAGCUGAAAAAGGCGUCACGGUUGAGUGCCCGCGAUCUUUUACCAACUUUAUACUGGCGCAUGGCUGUCUAAUGGUGAUAGGUUGGGGGAUAUUCGUCGUAUGGGGAGCCUAUAUUGCUAGAUAUUUCAAAUCAUCGGGGGACACAUGGUUUUACCUCCAUCUGAUUUUACAAAUCAUUGGGCAGAUUUGCAGUUUAGCAGGGUUUAUCAUGGCAGUCCUUUCCGUCCAGUCCAGACAUUUUGGCUUUGCUCAUGGAAUUAUCGGACUGGUGGUGGUAAUACUAGGACUUUUACAGCCGAUCAAUGCAGUGUUUCGACCAAAACACCCGAAUGAGGAAUCUAAAAAAUCACUUCAUCGAGUAAUCUGGGAAUCGAUUCACUAUAUUGGCGGGAAGUCGGCCAUUUUGCUGGCUCUAGCAAACAUUUCAUUGGGCGUGUUCGUGGCGAACUCUCGCCCCGUUGCAUGGACUGUUUGGUUUGUCUACCUUGGUAUCGUCGUCAUAGUUCUUGUCAUUUCUCAACUUCUCCAGGACUGCCUAAAAUUUAGAAAGAGACCCAAAGAUUUUCUUGAACUCGUUCCCGGCUCAGAAAAUACUAUUCAUAAUUACAAGCCUAAAAUGGCCGAAGGGCACGUUUAAAACAGUUUCAUUUUUGUUUCCCAUAUAACGUUGUAUAACGAAUCAUAUGUGACGAUUAUAUGAAGGCAUUGUUAUCUUUAUGUUAACACAUUAGUUAUAAAAUAAAUAAUUUAGUUUUUUCA